CUCUCUCAAUAUUAUGUCAUGAAAGGAAGAACAAGAAUGGGAGUGUUCUUAAGAGAGAAAUAAGAAAUGAUAUGGAAAUAGAAUGGAUUGUCCCUUGGCAUGCAACGUCUAUUUAGAGUUAUGUAUCAAACAAUACUUCCUUUUGAAACAAAAGUAUUUCACCAAGCAAAGUUUAUGAAUCAAAGUAAUGUUUCACCAAGCAAAGCUUACAAAUUAAGGUAAUGUUUCACCAAGCAAAGCUUAUGAAUCAAAGUAAUGAUUCAUCAAACAAAACUAUAGAAGUAUGUAGUAUAUACAAAUCUAGGUCUAUAUACAAAUCUAGGUUGCCUAUAUCUGACUCAACCCAAACCCUUUGUAGGUGUGGCAACCAUGUAAUGCAUAUGGGUAAUUAAAUAAUGUUGUUUUUUAUUGCUCCAAGGAAAAAGUUCCAAUCUAAUUGCUUGGGAUUAAAAUGAUUCCCUUAUAUCAACUAUAGAAGUAAAAGUAAUCUCUUACUUUGGAAAAAGUAAUGUCUUACUUUGGAACCUUUAUUUGUUAAUGCCUUCCCUCUUUUUUAAUAAAGCUUGGAACUUUUCCUUUCUACAUCAUACAUUUUUAAGCUAUAGGCAAGACAAAAGCAAUUUAACAAGGAUGGAAACUGUAAAAAGACUAAUGAUGGAUGCAGAGUAUUUGAAGGAAAUUGAAGAAGCGCGUAGAGACCUCCGUGCUCUUAUCUCUUCAAAGCAAUGUGCUCCUAUCAUGCUUCGUCUAGCAUGGCAUGAUGCUGGAACUUAUGAUGUAAGGACAAAGACAGGGGGUCCCAAUGGUUCAAUAAGAAAUGAACAUGAGUUGAAGCACACUGCUAAUAACGGUCUCAAAAUCGCUGUUGAUCUUUGUGAAGAAAUAAAGGCGAAAAACCAAAAGAUCACUUAUGCAGACCUUUAUCAGCUUGCUGGUAUUAUUGCAGUUGAAGUCACGGGGGGCCCAACCAUCGACUUUGUCCCAGGUCGUAUGGAUUCUACUAAAUCUCCAGAUGAAGGACGACUUCCAGACGCAACUCAAGGAGCUGAACAUUUAAGAGAAAUAUUUUACAGAAUGGGCCUUUCUGACAAGGACAUUGUCGCACUUUCGGGUGGCCACACUCUGGGUAAAGCACAUAGGGACAGAUCAGGUUUUGAAGGCUCGUGGACUAAAGACCCAUUGAAGUUCGACAAUUCUUACUUUGUAGAAUUGCUGAAAGGUGGACAAAGAGGGUUAUUACAACUUCCGACAGAUAAAGCACUUGUUGCGGAUCCAAAAUUUCGUCGCUAUGUUAAGCUAUAUGCUAAGAAUGAAGAAGCUUUCUUCAAAGAUUAUGCAGAAUCACACAAGAAGCUGUCAGAGUUGGGAUUCAGAGCACCCUCCUCUUGUUUAAAGAAUUUUACCAAGCCUACAUUAGGAAUUGCAAUUACUCUAACUAUAGUUAUAUUAAGUUACUUAUAUGAGCUUCAUAAAUGAUUUGGACAUAAAAUGCAUAAGAAAAACUUUCAAAUCCUAAUGUAAAUCAAUUAAUAAAGGAAGUUUCUUUAGUCAUGUCUAAAUUUCUUGCUACUCCUAUUACUCAAUAACCCUCCUAAUGAUUAUGAAUCGUAAUACCUAUUAUUUUGGCAAAUCUAACAAAUACGAAUUAACUAGCUUAAUGCU